AAAAAUUCAAAACCGGGACCUUAGGAUUAACACCUCUGAUUAUCUCCCACACUUAACCAAACUCUAUAGAUUUAGCCUUUAAAUCUAACCUUUGGAAUCAUAUAAAUUUGUUGACUUUCUUUCCAUAUUUUCUUUCAUUCCAAAAACCCAAAAUCACAGAGAUCGGAUUUUUGGUGUUAAGAAAAAUUCAAAUGGUUGUUUGCCAAGCUUCAAAGAUCCAUCUCCCAACUCCCUUUGCCUCACCUUCUUCUUCUAAAACUCCAACGUCUCUCCUCUUUGAACCCCAUUCUUUUUCCCUCGCCCUUUCCCACUCUGAUUCUUCUCUUUCCCUAUUUCCUUCCAUUUCCUUCCCUUUCUCUUCCACCCAAAAGUCCCUUUCUAUUCCUCCUCCUUCCUCUUCCUCCACUUUCCUUCUCCUCAAAACCCAAAAGUCUCCCAACCCCAGGGUCCUUUUCGUCGUUGCUGGCCCUUAUAAAGGUGGUUCCAAGGUUCUCCUUAGAUUUUUUCUUUAUAGGAAUGAUGGAAGCAAGGCUUUUGAGAAGGCUAAAGUUGUUUCCAAGCAAAACGGUAUUGAGUUUGAUGAUAAAGUUGGGGUUUUGAUUGAUGUCAGUCAUGGUUUGAAACUUAUGAUUUCUGGGUCUGUUAAUUUUUUUGCAUUGUAUUCGGUUUCAAGCUCCAAAGUUUUAAUCUUUGGGGUUAACUUGGUGGUUGAUACUGAUGAAAGUGAUGAUGGGGUCGCUUUUAAGCUCAUGAAAUUUGCUGUGAUUGAUUGUUUGAAGCCUGUUUUCUCGAUCAGUAUUUCGUUUGAAUGGUUGGUUUUAGGGGAGGAAAAUGGGGUUAAAGUUUGGAAUUUAAGAGAAUUGGUGAAAGGGAAAAAGGUAAAGAAAGUGAAGAAUUAUGGUCUUUCAAAUGGUGUAAUUGGAGAUAACAAUGGUGUUUCCAAUGGUGGAUCAAGUACUUCGGAGAUUGUUUCUAAUGGUCAUUUGGAUGGGAAGAUUGAAAAGCCAUCCGUUUCAGUGAAGCCAAGGUCUGGUAAACACAGACAAGAGUCUGCUGAACCAGGUGCAUGCUUUGUGCCAUUUGAGCCAAAGGAGGUUAAGGACUUGACAUCUGGGAAAGCGUCCUCUAUGUCUUUGAAGGCAAUUUCAAUUCAACCAUUGUCCUCUAAGAGGUUCUUGGUCUUGGAUACUGUUGGAGAUUUGUUUGUCUUGCAUGUAACAGACACAUCUGUUGGAUCAGAUGUCACCUGCUACAUGAGGCUAUUGCCACAUGUUAUGAAAGUGCAAAUGAUGGCUGUUUUUCCCGAUAUUUCUUCGAGAAGACAAACUGUUUGGAUAUCAGAUGGGCAUCAUUCCAUGCAUGUGGUGGACAUUAGCUCUGCUGUUAACGAAACUGAUAAAAGAGAGAUUGUUCAAGCAAUUUUUACUAGCGAAAAGAUCCAAGAUAUGAUACCUACGGCUGCAAACAGUAUUUUGAUCCUUGGACAAGGAAGCUUGUAUGCAUAUACUAAUUCCUGAAGUGGUUCGGCAACCAUAUCUUUUUGUGUGGUAUCCGUGUUCCAGGUUGUAUUUCGGUGAUUAUAUACCCUCAAUUUAUUCCUGGACCUGUUUUUUAGUGAGUACGAAUGGACUCUUGUGCAAAUGGCUAAUACAUUGAUUCUCAGAUCGUCAUUCCCUAAAUUUCAGUUGGCUAUCUUGCAUCUAGAGUACAGAGGAGUCUAAAGUCAAGAUCUGCAGUUGUCAUGUGUCUAAUGGUGUAUAAGGCUUCGAGGACAUGGACCUCUUGAAGAUAAUCACGGGACAAGUCAGAUGCUGCUGAUAGAGAUACGGGUCCUGAGAGAUAUUUGAUCUUUUUCAACUAUUCGUAGCCAACAUCUACCUCUGGCUCCAGUUAUGCUAGCCACAAAAUCAAUUUGCAACUGAAGCUUUGGUCGCCACAUUACUCCGUUUCAUCUUCGACGGCAAGCAAUAAAUUACAUCUUGUGGUGUUUACUGGAUGACUGAGGUGAUAAAGAUGGAAGCUAGUGUGUAUGAUCUUUUAUGAAACUCCAUUGUUGUAAAGCUUUUCUAAGGUUAGUCACUAUGUCAACUUCUGAGAAAUAAAAUCUGAAGGGGGUGACUUGACAAUUCAUGUAUUUUUAUCGUGUUCAUGUGUGAUUUCGAGUCAUAAUUUUGUUUAAUUUGUUCUAUAUUUAUAUAACUUUUGGCAUAGCUUUUGGCGUGUUCCUAUAUUUGGCCUUUCGUUUUCUUGUUUUGUCAUGUGCGGCGGACAUAUUAUGGUGUCUAACCUUGGAAGCAUUUGCUCAUGUUACAAUUUCAAGUAUAGCUAAGAAUGAACCUAUUUAGCUUUGUUUUUGGGCUUGGAUAUUGCUUUGCCAGUUUAUUUUACUUGUGAUAUAAUUACAAUUGCUCUACAAUUACAACCACUGCCUAUAAAUGUUCUCGAGCUCUCGAACUAGAUAUUAAGAUUCGACUCGUUCGGUAACUUGAGUUGUUCGUAUUUUUACAAUAACCUGAACUUGAAGGGUUAUUUAUUUAUUUAAAUUGAACUCGACAACUUAUGAGCACAGAUGUUAUUGGUGUGAUGUGAUAAUGGAUGCGUAUUCUUCACUCAGUACACGAGUGAAACACUUGUGAGCUGUUUCAGUCUGAUAUUAAGAUAUUGGAAUUUGUGGUUGAAAUUUUGAGUUAAAUUUGAAUAUUUUUCUAUGCAAAGACAUAACUACCAAGAUGUAAAUGAUGAUGAUUCAAGAUGGCGUCACUUUAUGUUGACAAAUAUGACAGCUAAAACGAUGAUAAGGUUGAAGAUGAAGAUGAAGAAUAGACCCAAACCAUUUGUAAUUUUUGUUUUCUUAUGUGGUUUUAUUUUUCUUCUUAAAAGAUAUUUUAUAUUCAUAUAAUAUUUGAUGCCGUAUUCUAAUAA